AUGGAGAGGGGAAGGGUGCAUUGGGGCUAUGUCGAGGACAACUAUGUCGAGCCGAAAAACAUCUACGAAUCAAGGAUUGUUUCUGCGAUUUUGCAGGUGAUAAGUACUGAGGUCAAGCAAGUGAAGAACGCUUGUCAAAAAGCCGGAGGAAACGGAUAUCGUCCGCAUAUA